CUUCAUCGUCAUCGUCAUCAUCUUCCUCUGUGUGGUUCCCCCCCCCCUCCCCACCAUCCACCCACCCAUCCAUCCCAAAAUCCCGCCGAGCCCGGCGCUUCCAUGGUGCGGGAAGGCGGCAUGGCCCGGACCCCUUACAGCUCCUCGCAGGACAUCCAGAUGGACGUCUUGGACAACGCCGCGCUCCAGGGCCGGGCUCGGGGGUGGGCUCCCUGCUCUGGGGGAGGCCAAAGUGGUCUGAGCCCCCUCUCCCUGCUCUCCCAGGGCUCGGCAGAGUCCUACACCAGCCGCCCCUCGGACUCGGAUGUGUCGCUGGAGGAGGACCGGGAAGCGCUGCGGAAGGAGGCCGAGCGCCAGGCCAUGGCCCAGCUGGAGAAAGCCAAGACGAAGCCAGUGGCGUUUGCCGUCCGCACCAACGUCGGCUACAACCCCUCGGCCACCGACGACGUGCCCGUGCAGGGCAUGGCCAUCUGCUUCGAGCCCAAGGACUUCCUGCACAUCAAGGAGAAGUACAACAACGACUGGUGGAUCGGGCGGCUGGUGAAGGAGGGCUGCGAGGUGGGCUUCAUCCCCAGCCCCGUCAAGCUAGAGAACAUGAGGCUGCUGCAGGAGCAGAAGAUGAGGCAGAACCGCCUGAGCUCGAGCAAAUCCGGGGACAACUCCACCUCCAGCCUGGGUGACGUGGUGACAGGGACCCGCCGGCCCACGCCCCCGGCCAGCGGUGCCCUGGACAUGCCCAGCUUUACCUUUGACCCCGAUGAGUUAGAGGAGGAGGAGGCCUUGGAGACCCAGCGCUCCCCUAAGAGUAGCGUGAGCAGUGUCACCACCCCCCCCGCCCACAACAAGCGCAUCCCCUUCUUUAGGAAGGCCGAGCACGUGCCCCCCUACGACGUGGUGCCCUCCAUGCGCCCCAUCAUCCUCGUGGGGCCCUCGCUGAAGGGCUACGAGGUCACUGACAUGAUGCAGAAAGCCCUGUUCGACUUCCUGAAGCAUCGCUUUGAUGGCAGGAUCUCCAUCACGCGGGUCACGGCCGACAUCUCCCUGGCCAAGCGCUCCGUGCUCAACAACCCCAGCAAACACACCAUCAUCGAGCGCUCCAGCACCCGCUCCAGCCUGGCCGAGGUGCAGAGCGAGACCGAGCGGAUCUUCGAGCUGGCCCGGACGCUGCAGUUGGUGGCCCUGGACGCCGACACCAUCAACCACCCGGCCCAGCUGGCCAAGACCUCCCUGGCCCCCAUCAUCGUCUACAUCAAAAUCACCUCCCCCAAGGUGCUGCAGCGCCUGGUGAAGUCCCGGGGCAAGUCCCAGGCGAAGCAUCUCAACGUGCAGAUGGUGGCCUCGGACAAGCUGGCGCAGUGCCCGCCUGAGAUGUUCGACAUCGUGCUGGACGAGAACCAGCUGGAGGAGGCCUGUGAGCACCUGGCCGAGUACCUGGAGGCCUACUGGAAGGCCACGCACCCCCCCAGCAGCAACCCCCCGAACCCGCUGCUGAACCGCACCAUGGCCUCGGCGGCGCUGGCCGCCAGCCCCGCGCCCGUCUCCAACCUCCAGGUACAGGUGCUCACGUCCCUGCGCAGGAACCUCAACCUCUGGGGCCGGGAGGCCACCCCCAGCCCCCCCAGGCCCCCAGUCGAGGAGCACGCGCUGUGAGGAGGCGGCGGCGGG